AUGAUUAUCUACGAGGACGUUAUUUCCGGAGAUGAGAUGCUCUCGGACACCUUCAAGAUCCAGCCCGCCAAGGACUGCCCGAUCCUGUGGGAGGUCGACUGCCGCAAGUACCUCAAGAAGACCAACGAGGACUUCGAGCUGGAGGGUGCCAACCCCUCCGCUGAGGGUGGUGAUGAUGAUGGCGGUGAGGGCGAGGCCAUCAUGGUCCACGAUAUCGAGGACCAGUUCCGUUUGACCUGGCUCAAGCCUGAGGAGGGUCUCAAGCCCUCCAAGGACGCCUUCAAGGCUCACCUGAAGGCCUACGUCAAGAAGGUCCUCAAGAAGCUCGAGGAGAAGGGUGACGCUGACGCCAUCGCCGAGUUCAAGGCCAACGCCGCCGGUGCCAUCAAGAAGAUCUCGGCCAACUACGACAACUACGACGUUCUCAUGGGCUCAUCCAUGGACGGUGACGCCAUGCACAUGCUCAUUGACUUCCGCGAGGACGGUGUCACCCCCUUCGCUACCCUCUGGAAGCACGGUCUCAAGGAGAACAAGGUCUAA